AUGGCCGGAUCACAGCUCAAGCGCCUCAAGGCGUCUUUGAGGGAACAGGGGAUUGUUGGCCCCCAACAAUCCAAGAAACAGAAGAAGCGCAUCGCCCAAGAUGACAAGGCACGACAAGACCGGCGCAUGCACAGAGGUGCCGUGAUGGAGGGCAUUCGCGAGCAGUUCAACCCCUUCGACCUCAAGCAUGCUAAAACUCCAAAGUUCGAGGUGACAAGCAACCGGCCUACCACCAGUUCCAUCAAGGGGCGACCGGGAGAGGCCAAGGCGGCCGCCGAGGAAAAGCGCCGUCAAACAUUGCUCCUCGACAUGCAACACCGCCACAAGGUCGGAGGCAUCAUCGAUCAGCGAUUUGGUGAAAACGACCCCACCAUGACGCCCGAGGAGAAGAUGCUGGAGCGAUUCGCUCGCGGGAAGAUGAGGAGCCAUAAAAAGAACUCCAUGUUCGAUUUGGAGGACGACGGUGAGGACGGUGGUUUCGAAGGGUUGACCCACGGGGGAAAAUCCCUGACAUUUGACGAGAUGCCGGUGGACGACUUCGAGGAGGAUCUUGAGGCUGAAGACAGCGACGCGUCCGAGCGGGGUCAGCAGCGCCUCAAGAGGGUCCGCGCCAUGAUUGCCGAUGGCACCAUUGAGCCUGGAAACGACGAGCCCGAGCGCAAAAAGACGAAGAAGGAGGUCAUGGAGGAGGUUAUUGCCAAGUCCAAGGCGCACAAGUACGAGAGGCAGCAGGCCAAGGAUGACGACGAGGACCUGCGCGCCGAACUCGACCAGGAACUACCAGAUCUGCAAUUUUUACUGAGGCAGAACAAAUCCAAGCGCCCCGAUGCGUCUGAGAACCAGAACGUGACCACGAUCGGUGGUGUCGCCCGUGACGCCUUCGAGAAGAACUUUGAUCUCGAGGUCAAGAAGCUGGCGCAGGACAAGAGGGCACAGCCAGCCGACCGUACCAAGACGGAGGAGGAGAAGGCAGAGGACGAGUCCAAGCGCCUCAAGGAACUCGAGGAGAAGCGUCAGAAGCGCAUGAGGGGCGAGUCUGUCUCGGACAGCGAUGGCGACGAGGAUGGCGGCAAACGGGGCGCUAAGAAGGUUGCGGACAGCCAGGAUGGCCAGGACGAGGACGAGGAGGAUGACUUUGGCCUGGGUAGCGGCAUCAAGGCAAGGCCAACGGCCACCGAGUUGGGCUUCGACGACGAAGACGAUUUCAUCAUCGACGACGACUUGGUGGCCAGUGGCUCCGACCUCGAUCUCGCCGAUGAUAGCGACGCCGACGUCGCAUCGACCGAGGACGAUGAAUCAGACUCUGCAGAGGAGGCUGAGGAGGAGGAUGAGUUUACGAGGGGCCUACUGAACGAGGAGGAGUCGCGUAACCCUGUUUUCAAGGCGGACUCCUCUGCAAAGGAGUCGGCGCUAAAGGAAGGCGACGAGAGCGGCCUCCCCUACACAUUCUCGUGUCCCCAGUCCAAGGAAGAGUUCGAGGAGCUGGCAAAGAAAUACCCGGUCGACACGCUGCCUACAAUCGUGCAGCGAAUCCGAGCCCUAUACCACCCAAAACUCGACAGCAAGAACAAGGAGCGUUUAGGCAACUUUACGGUGGCGCUCGUCGACUUCAUCUCGUCUCCGUUCGACGCCGAUUACGAUGCCGACGUCUGGCCUUCGUUUUCAGUACUUGAGGCCAUCAUCCGACAUAUUCACUCUCUAUCCAAGAUGUUCCCCGUCGAGAUCUCCAACGCCUUUCGACACGCCAUGGGUCAGACGGAGAGCAAGAGACCGCUGGCAUUGGAAGCUGGUGACCUGGUACUCCUCACGGCCGUGGGCGCGAUAUUCCCCACGUCGGAUCAUUUCCACCAGGUAGUGACGCCGUCCAUGCUGGUCAUGUCGCGCUACCUAGGGCAAACGGUGCCGCAGACGCUUGCCGAUCACGCCGUGGGUGUGUACCUCUCAAUGCUGUCGCUGCAAUACCAGAAGCUCGCCAAGAGGUACGUGCCCGAGGUGAUCAACUUCCUCCUCAACACCCUCUGUGCCCUGGCUCCGGCUGCGCCCGGACAGGGGCUGGGGCAGUUCCCCCAACACCGGUCCGACGAGGCUCUACGGGUUGACGGGGCCGCGGCCAAGGUGACGCCUCGCCGACUCAACUUCGGCGACUGUGUGCAGCCUGGGCCGCAAGAGGAGCAGGCCGCGGCAUCGGCCAAGGUAGCCAUCCUGAACACGACGCUUCAGGUGCUUGACGUCGCUGCAGACGCGUGGACAGGCAAGGAGGCCUUUGUCGAGACCUUUGGCCAGGUCCUGUCGGUGGUCAAGCACGUGACGGGCAAGAAGUGCAAGGCUCGGCUCCCCAGCCAGACGGCCGAAGUGGCGGAGAAGCUGCAGACCAAGCUGGAGCGCAUGACGCGGCUGGCCAGCCUGUCCCGUCGACCACUGGAGCUGCACCACCACCGACCGCUGGCCAUCAAGACGUUCGUUCCCAAGUUUGAGGAGACGUACGACCCGGACAAGCACUACGACCCGGACCGGGAGAGGGCGGAGAUGGCCAAGCUACGGGCGGAGCACAAGAAGGAGCGCAAGGGCGCGAUGCGCGAGCUGCGCAAGGACGCCCACUUCAUGGCGCGCGAGAAGCUCAAGGCCAAGAAGGCAAAGGACGAGGCGUACGAGAAGAAGUUCAAGAGGAUCGUGGCGGAGAUACAGAGCGAGGAGGGUCGGGAGGCCAACGAAUACGAGCGGGAGCGGAAUGCCCGGAAGAGGAAGAACAGGUCAUAG